AUGUCUGCUAUUCUUGUUAUCAUGCUGAUUUACCGGCGUGGAUAUGCAAAAGUUAAAGCCGUGAAAGACACCUUAGUGAACAUUCAAGGAGCAGCCGCCACGGUGGGCUUACAGUUGAACACAGGAAAGUGUGAGCUGUACGUAGACGGCGGAUCUCCCGAAGAACGCCAGCACGUAAUCCAGUCCAUCCUGAACGUAGCACCAGAUAUCCGACUGUCAAAACCGGAGGAACUGGAGCUGUUGGGUUCACCGCUGUUGAACGAAUCUGUUUCGGGCGCGUUGUUGAGGAAGGUUGGUCAAGCACAUGUGCUUGCCGACCAGCUCGGUAUAUUGCCUUCACAUCAGGCGCUGUUUUUGCUUAAGAACUGUUUGUCGCUGCCGAAAUUGUUGUAUCUUCUUAGAACAUCACCGUGCUGGCAAUUUCCGGAUGAGCUGAAAAAAUUUGAUGAAGUUAUCCGAGUGAAAGCAGAACAACUGACGAACGUGACAAUGUCCGGCCCGGUAUGGGAGCAAGCCUCGUUGCCUACAAAAUUUGGAGGCUUGGGACUAAUCAGCGCAUCCGAUGUCGCGCUAGCCGCCUACGCCUCUUCGGUACACGGAGCAGCCGGCAUGGUUGGCAGCAUAGCAGGUGACGCGGCAGUAAAAGACCGCUGUUAUCAGCUCACAAAAGCGUGGUCAGAUCGUUUUUCCUUGGAACCUCCCCGCACGGAAAGCCGAUGUUUCCAGUCGGUUUGGACAGCUCUGCAGCAUACCCAGACAGUAUCCCGCAUGAUGGAGAAUGCCGACGUAUUUACCUCUGCUCGCCUGUUGGCUGCAUCCUCACCGGAGUCGCGCGCCUGGUUAUCUGCCUUGCCUGUAUCCAUAUUCGGAAAUUUGCUGGAGGACACUCACUUACGGAUUGCCGUGGCCCGGCGGUUGGGAGCUCCCGUAUGCCAGCCUCAUGUUUGUCGGUGCGGCAGCACAGUGGACAGUCUCGGACACCAUGGCUUGGUAUGCAAGCUAGCGAAAGGAAGGCACGGAGUCCACGCCGUCCUGAACGAAGCUACAAAGCGGGCAUUGUGCUCGGCAAGAGUACCAUCGUCACUUGAGCCAGCAGGCUUAAACAGAGGAGAUGGAAAGCGGCCUGAUGGAGUCACAGCAUUCCCUUGGAAAAAUGGCAAGCCGCUAGUAUGGGAUGUAACCGUGGCUGACACCUUUGCCCUAACAUACAUCGCCCAGACGUCCAGGGUGCCGGGAAGCGCAGCGGAAAUUCGUGAAAAUCGGAAAUUAGGAAAGUACAGCGGGCUGGCAGACCGUUACAACGUUCAACCGCUGGCGUUUGGAAACCUCGGGUAUCCGAUACCCGAUGACCUGAAGCUGGGAAUCCUAACAGCUGAGGACGCCGAACAGAUUGUCCAAGAAUGCCGGUUCGCGAACCCGUCCUGGAUGAAGGUGUUCCAGUACAUGCUGUCACAUGAAUUUCCCAGCGUGGCAUUGUACGACGACAGGGAUAAGCCCGUCGCGUGCUGCAUGUACAUGCUGCACGGCUGCGUCGGCGCCGUGUACGUCCACCCUUCGUAUCGCAACCCGGAUUUGUUCCGCCUUGUGCUCGGAAAAUUGUUGGCUCGCCUUCAGGCGUUGGAAAUACCGUCGGUUUGGAUUCAGACCAUGAAUUUCCCGACGUCACCUGCGUCGACACUGUCGCCCCGUCCCAUAUCAAGUCCACUUCCUCAGCUGCCGGAUCCGCCGCUGCCCAGGCCGAAAGACAAGAAAACCAGAUUCAAUGCGUACCUCUGA